CAAAACGCCUUUUUCCUUCAGCUGCUUGUCAUUCUCUUCACACUCACAGAUUUGACACAUUAUUUCUGUCACAAUGAGGAGCUCUGUGACGUUUCUCCUGGCUGUCAGCUUGGCCAUGUUUGGAUUAGGCGUCUCUCUGCAGUGUUACUACUGCCCUGGUGGAUCCUCUAGCAGCUGUGAAGUCACACAGGAGUGUAACCAAGGGGAAGACAGCUGCCUCAAACUCACCAGUGGCGAGAGCACUUACUCUUCAUGUCUGAGGGACGCUGACUGUGACUUCAGGACUCUGGCAGCCAGAUACCCGCUUCCUGACUUCACCUUCUCCUGCUGUCAGUCAAACCUCUGCAAUGGUCAGGAGAAAAGUUGGUGGCAGAAGAUAUUUGGUUAAGAAAAGAAAGAAAGAAAUAAUGAGUCUCAAAUCAUAAUUUCAGUAUGUUGAUGCUUUCAUAGAAACUGUAUCAUUUGUUACAACUGCGGAAGAGGAUUAAACAAUUAAACAUAUCUAAAAUAUCUUCAUUGAUGUUAUUUUAAUAAGACUCUUCUGGUGCAACCACACACUGUCACAGGACUUGCUUUUGCUUUUUCUGACGCUGCAUUUUCUUGUUGUUGUUUAUAUUGUGUCCUAAAGCUUUUUUUUUUUUUAAUUGAGAGUUACAUUUGGAGAUGUGUAUGUGUUCCUCCUAUAGAAAAUCUCCUUUCAAAAAAUUCAUUUUGUGAAUCUUGCAGCAUUUUUCGACAUAAAAACUAAAAGUCUCAUUCUUUGAUGUUUCAGUUUGGGAAGACAAAUGCUAACCCUGCACCUGAUAUGACUUUUAAUGAUUGGUGUUCCACAAGUUAAUACAUUUUCUUUGAAUUACAUUUACUUUUGUUUUUGGAUCUUCUGCUGCUCGUAUUGCAAAGCCAAUCAGUCAAACAGGAUGUUACCAUAGAAUUUAUAUAAAGUGGAGAAAGUCAACACAACAUCACAUACAGCAUUCAGUUCAGUUGGACAAUUUUCCACUUAAUUUGCCUUUUUUUGCAAACUGCAUGUAAACAUGAUUUUGAUAUGAACGCUAACAUCCAAACAGUGGGGCACCAUUUACUCUAAAGAAAUAAUGGUGUCCUAUCAUUAAUGCUAAUCUUAUCCCUAACUCCCCUAACCACUUUUCAGCUAAGGACCGGGUGGUCAUUUUUCCUCUCAUUUUUGACACAUUACCUUUGAGACCACUUUUCUGCUUAAUUUUGAGACAUGACCCCAUUGACCAUUUCUCUGACACAUUUCCUUGGUGGCUACUUUUGGGUGACAAUUUUGGACCGGAUCCCAGUGCACUUCUCAACUUAAUGUUUGACAGGACCCCCGUUGACAUUUUCUUGUUUGACACAUUACCAUGGUGACCAUUUUUAUCCACAAUGUUGAGAUAAGUACCUGGGGACCACUUUGCUGUCUGACACAUUACCUCACUGACAAGUGAGUGUACCAUUUUUGACACAGCUCCAUGAUGGGAGUCAGCUCAUAUUUUAAUAAAUUAUCUCCAUGAUGAUUUAUCUGCUCAGUUUUUGACAUAUUGACUAGAUAUUGACUAUUACAUUUCUUGUAUAAGUCUAUUUUUAAUUGCACAGUCUUUGUAACCUGCUAUU